UAUUUGGUGUAUACGGAAUUUAUCAGGUUACGAAUUUUACAAUGUUCAUUAAUAUGGAGAACAUAGUCAUGAUAGAACCGAAGACGAAUGUUUCUUUCCCAGGGUGCGUCAUAUGUCCAGAAUCCAAUGUGCCAAACUUUAUAGGUCCAACGAUAGAAAAAGAUAAUUUAAUCGAUCCGCCAUUUUCCAUCACUUGCGGUAAAUCCACAUGUAUGGGAUUAAUCUUAUUAAGGGAAAACGCAGAAUUUACGCAGCCAAUAUGCAAUAAAUUAAUUCAGCGAAGUAAUAGUGGAUGCUUAAAAUUUCGACCUAAUAAAGAAAAAUGGAAAAUGGAUGGCCGUGAAGAGUACGAGGAUAAUAAAUUUAGGGAAAGGGAAUCAAGCAAGUCCUUUUUUUAUUUUAAUAUCCUACCAAAGAAUGGGUUAACACCAGACGAGAUACCAACGAUUUACUUUGAUCAAUAUAAUGAUACCGAGAAAAAUUAUUUGGCGGAAAACUAUAAGGGCAAUUUUUUUCAAUAUUAUAUGCAAACCAUAAUAACCACAGGUGAAAGGACGAUAUUAGAAUUUCCGGUAAUUCACCGGUUCCUUAGUACAUUUUUAAUGGGUCAAUUAAGUUCACGACCUGAUAAUACUUCAGUUGAGAUUUCGGUUAACCAAAAAUUCAUACCAUUAAGACAACCUUUUUUUAAUGGUCGGUUGAAAACUCAAUUUGUAAUCAUGCCAGGGAAACGAUUUACGCGUGAAGAAAUGGAGAAUUACGAAUAUCAAUCCAUUUCCAUAGUAUUAAGGUUUGGUGUGUUUUAUGGGGCCAUCGCGGCCAUUUACUUUUUUUUAUUUGCCAUGUAUAAGGUAAUGUUUCAAAAAGUAGUAUUUAGAUGUUGGCCAUUUCGCAGAAGUUUUAAAAAACAUUUAGUCACGAGUUUUGUAUCUGCCGCUGGGGUUCCACUUGGUGAGAAUAUUAAUGAUCGAGACUACUAUCUCGAUUCCUAUUACCUUGACGUAACUAAAAGGCGUUAUUAUAAUAACGAAUACGUCAUAACCAAUUAG